AUGUCGAGAUUCCUCCGACUUCAAGAAUAUGAUCUGCUUCAUGGCCCUGUCCAGGCUCUUCUAUCUGCAUCAGCUCUCGCCAACCAUUGCACUAUAGCUGAGGUCAUUUCGCGCGAGUGGAACACAACUAUAUGCGAUAGUCCAAUGGGUAUUCUUGCCUCCUGUCACCGAAACGACCACCUCCAACUAGGUCGCAUGAUUAUGAAACAAGUGGCUCUCCUUCCACACGCGUCAUUCGUUCAUGUAAAUGACGUCGGCGCCAGAGGAGAGAAAAUAUUCGAAUAUGUGAAGUCUGUCUCUCAACGUAUCCAAGAGCGAGGGGAUGCUGGAUAUCAACCGCGACUCCACUUUGAUUUAUAUGGCACAAUCGGCGAUGCUUUCCGAGAUGCAGAAAUACCAGACUUUCUUGCGAAAGUUGAGCUGGCAGCUCGGCUAUAUGACGUGCUCAUUGAAUCUCCAAUUGUUCGUUCUAGUAAUGAAUCACAAAUUCGAAGGCUUCGGCAACUCAAGAAGUCGCUCGCGGCUCGCAAGAUCAAUGUGAAGAUUGUUGCUGAUGAAUGGUGCAAUACACUUGAUGAGAAGAACAUUAGAUCUAGUCGAGAAUCAGUGGUAAUUAAAUAG